UGGGGUCAGUGAGUCUAUGGGUCUGGGGUCUAUGGAUGUGAAGGUCUAAGGGUCUGGGGUCAGUGAGUCUAAGGGUCUGGGGUCUGUGGAUGUGAAGGUCUAAGGGUCUGGGGUCUCAGGGCUCUGAGCAGCACUGGAUAAUCUGGUCUAAUCUGAUGAAGGUGACACAGGAAGUGAUGGGCGUCCGCUUAAUCUGGAACAGAGGUGUUUCACUAUGAUGCGUUCACAGGUCUGUUUCCUGCCAUGGUAAAUCUAAGCUCUGCGUUCAACUGCCAAAUCACGUUUACCACAUGUUAUCAUGUUCUGCUUUACUGUCCUUAAUAUGACACAGAGAGAAGGAUCUGAUACUGAACCCUGAAAAGUUCACGUACAGCACGCCGUGUUUUACCAAGAACUUCUGGAGACGGAUGUUUAUUUAUUUUAGUUUCAAUAUCUCAAGAAAACAAAACCGAUGGAGAGAGUCAGAAAUUUCAUUUAUCUAUUAAUACCAUCAAUUGUUAUUUUUAUUCUUUACCACUUGGUGGCGGUAAUGCCCCAUUACGUUGUUUGCCAACGGCCAACAAAACUCCGAGAAGAAGAAGAAAAAGAAAAAGAAGAAGAAGAAAAAGAAGAAGAAGAAGAAGCAGAAGAAGAAGCACAAGACGUGGCGAGUCCAACACGCAGAGAGGAGACAUGAUGGACCGGGACCAGAGCAAGACCCGGAUCAAAGAGGAGAAUCAGGACCCGGAUUUCAUGGACCAGGUCCGAAUCAAAGAGGAGAACCAGGACCCAGAUUUUAUCCAUCAGACCGGGAUUAAAGAGGAGGACCAGGACCCGGAUUUGAUGGACCAGAUCCAAAUCAAAGAGGAGAACCAGGACCAGGAUUUGAACGACCAGAUCCAAAUGAAAGAGGAGAACCAGGACCAGGAUUUGAUCCAAGAGACCGGGAUUAAAGAGGAGAGCCAGGACCCGGAUUCCAUGGAGCAGAUCCAAAUCAAGGAGGAGAACCAGGACCUGGAUUUCACCGAGCAGACCGGGAUUAAAGAGGAGAGCCAGGACCCGUACUUCACCGAUCAGGACCACUUCAACAUCGUGAUCAAGGAGGAGGACCAGGACCCGGAGUUCACCGAGCAGCCCGGGCUGGAGGAGGAGAACCAGGACCCGGAGCAGCGGAGCACCGAGCCCGCGGGUCCCACGGGUCUGCAGACACGGCGACGCGUCGAGAGUCAUCAGGCCGCUCACGCCAAAGAGCGGAAGUACAGCUGCGAAGAGUGCGGCAACGGCUUCAUCACCGCGCACCACCUGAAAAUCCACCAGCGCGUCCACACGGGGGAGAAACCGUACAGCUGCGACCAGUGCGGGAAGGCGUUCACCGACUCGUUCCGGUUGAAGACCCACCAGCGCGUUCACACCGGCGAGCGGCCGUACAGCUGCGACCAGUGCGGCGCCGCGUUCAGCCGGUCGUGCUACCUGCAGAUCCACCAGCGCAUCCACACGGGGGAGAAACCGUACAGCUGCGACCAGUGCGGGAAGGCGUUUGCGACCUCCAGCAAGCUGACGGUCCACCGGCGGAUCCACACCGGGGAGAGGCCGUACGGCUGCGAGCUGUGCGGGAAGGCGUUUGCGAUACCGAGCAGUUUGAAGAGUCACCAGCGCAUUCACACGGGGGAGAAACCGUACAUCUGCGGCGAGUGCGGCAAAGGUUUCAGCCGGUCCAGCGUCCUGAAGAUCCACCAACGUGCCCACAACACUUAGAGAGAUCUCCUGUCCCGAGAGAACCCCCACAGCUGCCACAAGUGCCACCAGACGUUUACGACCGCGAGCAAUUUGAGGAUCCACCAGCACGUUCACACCGGAGAGAAGCGCUACGGCUGCGGCGAGUGCGGGAAGAGGUUCGCGACCUCCAGCAGCCUGCAGAUCCACCAGCGCGUCCACACCGGCGACAAGCCGCACGUCUGCGACCAGUGCGGGAAGGGUUUCUCCCGGGCGUACCACCUGAAAAGACACCAGCACAUUCACACGGGGGCGAAGCCGCACGCCUGCGAGCAGUGCGGGAAGGCGUUCGUCGAGCUCGCCUACCUGCGGGAGCAUCAGCUCGUCCACACCGGCGAGCGGGCGUUUGGCUGCGAGCAGUGCGGCGCGGCGUUCGGCACGUCGCGCUACCUGAACCUUCACCUGCGCCUCCACGCCGGGCAGAAGCCGUACGCCUGCGACGUGUGCGAGAAGGCGUUCGCCCACCUGAGCAGCCUGACGACCCACCGGCGCGUUCACACGGGAGACAAGCCGUACGGCUGCGACGAGUGCGGCGUCUUCUUCGCGCGACUGGGGAAUCUGAAGAGCCACCGGCGACGCCACGCCCGCGGGGAACGACACCGCUGUGACCGGUGCGACGAGGUCUUCAGGAGCCAGCGCAAACUGCAGAUCCACCAGCGAGGUCACGCAGACUAACGCGAGGGGAACGUCCGUCAGUCACGAGCGUUGCUGCCGUGGUCCCAACUUUAUCUACAGUCUGUGCUUCAAACAGAGACAAAAUCAAACUGUUUCCAACACCAGACACGGUUCAACAGAUCGAAUCCUUCGUCGACUCUGGACGUUUUUCCCGCCGUCUGAGCCGAAAUGAGAUUUUUUUUUAAAAUUUAACUGCUGGUGCUUUCAUUUUUGGAGGAAGUAAAACUUUUAUGACUUUUAUUUUGUCGGUUUUUAUGUGUCCUCAAUAAAUCUGUGAAAACGAA